UUAUGGUAACACCUAUUAAACUCAUACCACCAGCCUUAGGCUAGACUUUGCCAGGAUUCAGUCCAGGUGAGUGCAGACAGCGGACAAGUCACCUGGGUAUUCGCCGCUGAACAGAUAUAAAACAGCGACAGAAAAGGUCAAGACAGUGCUUCGCCAUGAGCUUCUUGCAACGAUCCAAAACCGCACCCGAAGCUAUUCACCCUGGCCCGGUUCAAGUAACUCGCUCAGUCUCCCACGAGCAGAUGCUGCCAUUCAAGAAGAAGCAGCCGCUCAACGAGACGGCAUCGGGCUCCAGGGUGUGGGCACAACGACGACCCCAGAAAAAAGGGGGAUAUAUGCAGGGCUGGGGCCCCACUGACGAAGAAUGGGAUUGGCUGAAAGAACGGGAGGCCCGGCAGAGUGUGAGCGAGGAGGAGGUUGAGGAAACCAUCAGGAAGGAAGACAAAAUGGGUAUUCUGUUCCUAUGUGCGUCCACCAUCAUUCACCAUCACCAUUUAUUGAUAUUUUCUCAGCGCAAUUGUUCGCAUGGGGCGACGAAGAAAAGAUCAUGUCGCCUUACGACGACGCCUUUGACGCACAAGACCAUGAAUCACUCUACCUCGCCUUGAGUGCACGGAGAGCAGAGGCAACGACAGC